CUUUUAUUGCUUACUAAACGUGAUUGCCAGACGGUUACAUAGUUUCUAUGUAGUUAGGGAACAUUUUUGCUGUCUAAAGUUUUUUUUACUGCAAUAUAGUAGUGGAUCUCUAAAAUGCGUCGAUCUUUCUCCAACACUGAUGUGUUAUCCGUAGGCUCUCAUUAAAGGUUCAUUUGUUGUUAGCUGACCGCAGUAUAUAUUGCAAGUGCAGCGGUCAUCCAACGCAUUAUCUCACCAUCUUUGAUUUAGUAUAUAUCUUAAUACAAUUAAAAAAAAAUGAAGUGUGUUGUAGCCUGUUUCGUAAUCUGUGUCUUGGGUGUGGCUCAGGGAGUGAACAUUACAGCGUGUAAGCAGGAUGACGCAGCUUGUCUCAAGGCAUCAGCUCAGGCGGCGGUGCCGUUGCUGGCAGCCGGUAUUCCAGACAUGGGGAUCGCCUCGAUGGAUCCCAUGUACAUAGACCAGGUCAAGUCUUUACAAGCCGGGCUGGCAAUGGACUUUCGGAAUACCAACGUUAAAGGCUUGAAGAACUGUAAGGUGUUGAACUUAAAACGUUUUCCUCACCGAACGGACCUGGACCUAAAGUGCUCAGUGACCAUGGAAGGCGACUACACGCUCGGCGGCAAGCUGCUCAUCAUGCCAAUUGAGGGGACCGGGAAAUAUAGAAUCAAAAUUCGUGGAGUGGUAGUUAAGAUCCAGUUGGACAUUGACGAGAAGCCUCGGGAUGGUGCCACGUACUGGAUGGUGAAGAACUGGAACUAUUCUGCUACCGUCGAGAAGGAUGUCCAUUAUAAGUUCCGGAAUUUAUUCAACGGCAACAAACAAUUGUCGGAUGCAAUCCACGAGUUUGCCAAUCAGAAUUGGAGAGACAUAUUCCAGGAUGUGGCGCCCCCUAUCGUAAAAGUGGUUGUGGGUAGGAUUGUUACAGAGACGACAAAACUUUUUAACCAUGUACCAAUUGAAGAAUUGGUUAUACGAUAGAUUACAUAUAAAUUGAUACCUACUUAAAGAAAUAGAUGUUACAUAUGGAAGCAUAUCAGACUACUCUAAACUGAAAUUUUUUAAAGAAAUUUUGACCUUAAUAUUUUGAGAUAAAAUUGAAAAUUGAUUAAAACAAAAAUGUCAGUUUGGGAUAUUUUGAUGUGCUGGAGAGACCUGGAUAUGAUAAUACAGUGUUAAUUUAUUCUAAA